ACAUACCGACACAUACCGAUAACACAACCAAACCAAACUGUCAGUUCUGCAAAUUUCCAGCCCCAAGAGAUGGAGCACUUUGACAUGGUCAUGGAGGAGAUUGGUUUUGGGAAGGUCCACCUCUUUGCCACCCUGACGCUCGGUCUCCUGCAGAUGCUCACCAUUCAUGAGACCAUGGGUAUGGGCGUCAUCGGACCGGCCUCCGUGUGCGAUCUGCACAUGAACCAGCCGCAGUUGGCGGCGGUGACGGCGGCCGGCUUCCUGGGCAUCAUAUGCUCUUCCUACUUCUGGGGCUACAUCACCGAUAAGAAGGGUCGACGCUGGACCCUGAUUCGCACCAUUACUUUAAGCAAUCUAUGUUCCAUCGCGUCCAUGUUCAGCGUCAACUUCACCGGCUUCUUUGUCAUGCGAUACAUAACGUGCAUUUUUGUGGCAGGUCCUAGCUUCGUGGCCGGCACUUACCUGAGCGAGUUCUGCUCUCACCGCAUCCUGGUGCGCACCAUAACCCACAUGUACAUGUUCACCGGCUUCGCCAUGGUCUACUGCCCAGCCUGGGCGACGCUCUUCCUGGCCACCAGAUCCAUGGAGUUCGAGGUGGAGCUUGUGGGCGACCUAACACUGCGUCCUUGGCGCGUACUGGGCUUUAUUUUCAUUCUGCCAGGCGUGAUUGCCUUCGUUCUGCUGCUUUUCCUGCCCGAGAGCCCCAAGUUUCUGCUCAUGAUCGGCGACAGCCAGCGGGGCAUGGCUGUGAUGGAGUGGAUAUCGCGGAAAAAUACAGGACACGCCUUGACCGACGAGCAGUUAGAACACAUGCGCGCCUACGAGCAGCACGUUUAUGUGAAGCGGCGGAAGAGCCACCAGAGCUUCCUGCGCCAGAUGCUCACCGAUGCGAUGCCGCUGUUUCGGAAGCCCUUCGUCGGUACCUUUGUGUGCGUCUGCCUGGUGAUGUUUGUCCUGGGACUGAUGGCAAAUGGCCUGGGCAUCUGGUUCACUGCCAUGCGGAAUCGUUGCAACAUGCGGCAGGGCAAUAAAAAGGGCAUGACCUUCUGCCGAGUGCUCUUCGUUGCUGAAACAGGACCCAUUGUGGAACCUGAGGCUGACUUUGAACCGGUCUGCGACGACUCCUUCGUGGGCUUCAACGACUCCUUCAUCCUGGGAUCUGUGUAUAUCGUGCUGUACAACCUCUCCUGGCUUUCGCUCUUCUGUGUGCCCCGAAAAGUGAUGUUUGUCUUCUCCCUGCUGGCAUCCUCCACAUUUGGUUUCCUGCUGAUCUUUGUGACCAACGCAAUGUUGCAGCUCUUCUCGCUGGUGUUUCUCCUCUCUUUUCCAGGGGUUAUAGUUGGUCUGAUCGGGGGAAGCCUUCUGGGAUUUGUGCCCACCUACUUGCGCGCCAAGGCAUUCUGCAUAAGUCUCAUGUGGGCUCGUUUCGGAGCGGCUGUUGGCACCAUAAUAAUCGGCUUCACCAUCCACGACCAUUGCGAACUGUUUCUGCUGGCGGUUUGCAUAUUGCCUUUAAUCGCCGCUUGCAUGGAGGGUUAUUUGCCACUGUAACUGCGCCGUUUUUAUUUUUGUACAAUAAACUAUUAAAUUCA